AUGACAAGGCCCCCAAAUCUCUUACGGGCUCUCCCCCUCUCUCCUGCAUGGCAAAUCAACGCUGCGAAGAAGAGUAUCACGCGCACCUUCACAUUUACCAGUUUCGCAAAGGCUUGGCGGUUCAUGUCGCUCGUUGCGGAUGAGUGCAAGGUCAAGAAGCAUCAUCCGAGUUGGUCGAAUCUGUAUAAUAGGGUCGAGAUUGAGUGGACUACGCAUAAGCCCGAGGGAUUGAGUAUCAAGGAUGUGGACAUGGCCGAGUUCUGCGACCGGAAGGCGGCGGAGAUUGGACUGAAGGAACCGGAGUGA